ACCUAAAGAAUUUAACAGUUGUGGUGUUUUCGCUAUUUUUAAUUUUAAUAUGGUGAAUUUUAUAGUAAUACUUAUCUUAUAUUGUUAUGUAAAUGGAAGUUUAGGAUCAAGCAAUGAAGAAAACCCAAUUAAUGAUAUACUUCCCGAAGAUGGUAGAUUUAAUUUUACACAACUAGCAAGAAAAUAUGGUCACCACGCGAUGGAAUAUAAAGUUACUACUAAGGAUGGAUAUAUUCUUGGUUUAUUUAGAAUCCGUGGAAAGUACAGAAGAAAAAAGAAUAAACUGCCAGUGUUAUUAAUGCACGGAAUCGCGGACUCAUCAGAUGCUUGGCUUUUAAGAGGAAAUUUUUCCCUCGGUAUUACAUUAGCUAAUUCAGGCUAUGAUCUUUGGUUCGGUAAUAUCAGAGGUAAUAAAUAUUCCCGGAAUCACGUCAGACUCAAUCCUGAUAAAGAUGUACAAUUCUGGGAUUUCAGUUUCCACGAAAACGGCUAUUAUGAUCUACCAGCUAUAAUAGACAGAGUUCUAAACGAAACCGGUUUCAAGAAGUUGAACGCUAUCGGAUUUUCACAAGGCAAUACUAUAUUUUAUGUGCUGUGUUCGACGAGACCUGAAUACAAUUCAAAGAUAAACGUGAUGAUGGCGUUGGCACCGAUAUGUUAUAUACAAAAUGUUCAGUCACCUCUCUCAUUCUUUAUAUCAAUUUCAUCCGCGUUGUAUGAUGUGCUUAGUGCUUUGGGUAUAAAUGAAGUAGCUAAUGAUAAUUCCUUAUUCAACACGUAUGAGAAAAUUAUCUGUACAUUACCGCAGCUUGGAUAUGAUAUAUGUGUUAAAAAAAUCAUGUUUCCUUUUACUGGACACGAUAGUGAGGAGCUUGAACCUAGUUUUUUAUCGGUGUUAGUAGGACAUUUCCCUACCAGUACUGCUUUGAAGACUUUAUACCAUUUUGCUCAAGUUGGCUAUCGAAGGAUUUUCGGACAAUUUAAUUAUGGUAAUGCAGGAAACCUUGAGAACUACAAUUCAACAAUACCACCAGUUUAUGAUUUGAAUUUAAUUACCACAAAAAUAGUGUUGUACGUUUGUUUAAAUGAUAAGAUAUCGACUGUUGAUGAUGUUAAAAUUUUGAGAUCUAAAUUACCAAAUGUUGUCCGUUAUAUUGUGAGUCCUAGAUGGUUGUGCAAUCACAUCGAUCAUGUUUGGGGUAAGCACAUGUAUGAUUACUUAUUCCCGUACGUUUAUCAAGUGUUGGAAUCAUAUUAAAACAUCUG